AUGGAUUUCGAAGCAAGAGAAGACGUCGAUGGGGUCCGAUUAUCCUGGAAUACGUUACCAAAAUCCAAACUUCAACAUCAACGUAAUGUAAUUCCAUUGGCUUCGAUGUAUACGCCUCUUAAUAACAAGAGUCCUCAGCCUUGUCCAUUGGCAGACAAAUCCCAGAUACUAAGAUGCAGACAAUGUUUUUCGUUUUUGAAUCCUUAUGUUGUGGCCAAUUCUGGCGUUUGGUAUUGUCAGUUUUGUGAAUUUGGUAAUGUUUUGGAGCAAGAUGCUAAUGGGAACUUCCCAUUAUCUAUUAAUCCUGAUUCCAGCACCAUCGAAUAUGUGACUGGAAGGUUGAGCAAAUUUCCUCCUAUAUUUUUUUAUGUGGUUGAUACUUGUUUUGAAGUUGAAGAUGUUGAAGAUGCAUAUCAGUCUUUAAAAGAGUCUAUACUUCUUUCAUUGUCUCAAUUACCCGAAAAUGCUUUGGUAGGGUUUAUUUCUUACGGUAAACAUGUCCAGAUUCAUGAAAUCAAUCCUAUGAACGGACCCAAAAUUCAUACUUUCAAUGGGAAUAAAGAUUAUAACCUUGAACAAUUGCAAAAAUCAUUGGGUAUCUUACUGUCGAACUUGAAGCAUCAAUCCGAGUCUCAGCUCUUCGGUCCUAUUGCCGAUAUGUUUUUACUGUCGAUCAAUAUGGCUGAAUACCAAAUCUCUUCCAUAAUUGAAAGUUUAGUCACUAAUACCUUUCCUCAUCAUACAAUGAAGCAAAGACCUUUACGUGCUACUGGAUCAGCUUUAAAUAUUGCAUCUUUACUUUUAACUUCCAUAUUAGGAAACCAUGGUACCACCGGUGGCCAUAUUCUUACCUUCGUUGCUGGUGCAUGUACUUAUGGACCUGGUAAAAUAGUUGGAGAAUACUUGAAAGAACCAAUGAGAUCUCACCAUGAUAUUGAUCGCUCAAAUAAGUUACAAUUACCUUCUGUUCCUAAUCCUAUUACUUCAAGACAUAACACUAAGGUUGAUUUUUCCUUGGUGACAAACGCUAAAAAGUUUUAUAAGAAAAUCACCUCCAACCUUGUAAAGUUGGGUUUAAGUUGUAAUUUCUUCAUUGGAAGUUAUGAUCAAGUAGGCUUGUAUGAAAUGGAUGAAGUUUGCUAUAAAACUGGUGGUGUUGUUAUUAUGAGUGAUUCUUUCAACACUUCAAUUUUCAAACAAAGUUUCAUUAAGUUUUUCCAAAAACAACAACCAAUACUGGAUGAUAAUGAUGAAAAUCAACCAGAAGAAGGAGAGUACUUGGAUAUGGGUUUUAAUGCAACUUUAGAAGUAAGAAUUUCUAAAGACUUACAGAUUCAAGGUUUAAUUGGUAAUGCUACGUCUCUACCUUAUAACAAAAGUAAUCGAUAUAUUGAACAAUCAGUUUCUAGUCAACCUAUUGGAGAGAGUAAUACUAAUUCUUGGAAACUAUUCAAUGUUAACCCGCAGUCUACUUAUGCGAUUUAUUUCGAUAAAUUAGACUCUAGUGGGUUUGGAGCUACUUUCAUACAAUACAUUUUCCAUUAUCAACAUCCUUCUGGUGAAUUGAGAUUAAAAGUUACAACGAUUCCCUUGUCAGUUAUUGCGGAUUCAGACUUGGUUAACUUAGAAAGUGGAUUUGAUCAAGAAACAGCAUUGGUAAUUUUGGCUCGUGAUGCAAUUAAUAAGUUACAAUUAUCGAAUAAUCCAGAUACAAAUGCUAAAACAGUUGUGGAAUCAGCUGCAAUUUUAAAACAAUUGGAUAAAGUUCUUGUUGAUUUCUGUACUAGAUUUGCCAUUUAUACUAAAGGUAGACUUGAGUCAUUCAAAUUAUCUUCUACCUACGCCAUGUUACCACAAUUCAUGUAUCACUUGAGAAGAUCUCAAUUCAUACAAGUUUUCAAUAACUCUCCUGAUGAAACCAGUUAUGUCCGCCAUGUUUUUAUGCAUGAAGAUGUUACCAAUUCGCUUAUUAUGAUCCAACCAAGCUUAUUAUCGUACGAUGUGGAUACUUAUGGUUCUGUCGAUGAAACAACUGGUGAAGUCAAUAACGAUCCAGAACCAGUGUUAUUAGACUCUAUGUCGCUUGGUUCUCAAAAAAUUUUGUUACUAGAUACAUUUUUCCAAAUUUUAAUCUAUCAUGGUUCAAAAGUUACUGAAUGGAGAAAAGCAAAUUAUCAUAACCUCGAAGGAUAUGAAUAUUUCAAAGCAUUUUUGGAAGCACCUAAAAGAGAAGCAAUGGAAAUCUUAAUGGACCGAUUCCCAUUGCCUAGAUUCAUUGAUUGUGAUGAAGGUGGUUCUCAAGCCAGAUUCUUAAUGGCUAAACUUAACCCUUCCACAAGCUAUGCUACUAAUCCAAACCAUAUGUAUGGUUCAUCCAUAAAUACUCAACUUGAUGUCCUCACAGACGAUAUCAGCUUACAACUGUAUAUGGACCAUAUUCAAAGAAUUGUCAUUGCAAAGAAGUGA